CAAAAGUUUGACUAAGGCAAAAUUUGGCAAAAGUUUGCCACCCAUUUUUCAUUGACCCAUUUUUCAUCCUCUCUGCCCUAAACCCUUUCUUUCUCACUUAAAUGUUUGUUUCUGUUCACUUUUCUUUCGACGGAAUUUCCAACUUGCAAUUCAACUAAACAACAAGAAGGAAUCAACGCCACAAAAGAAAGAGAAAGCCAAGAUACCCGUCUGGGUUUUCAAUAAGGUUUUGUAUCUUUUUCUUUUUAUGAGGUGAAAAAACAGAGUUCAAGAAAUGGGAAUAUUGUGUGAAGAUGUUGUAGUAUUAAGUCAAGCCGAGAAGCCAGGUGACUCCAUUGUUAUUACAAUUAAUUGUCCCGACAAGACUGGCUUGGGGUGUGAUUUGUGCAGGAUUAUCUUGCUUUUUGGGUUGAGCACCUGUAGAGGAGGCACAACAGCGGAUUGGUGGUCUGUGGGUGUCAUUCUAUUUGAACUAAUUGUCGGCAUACCACCCUUCAAUGCGGAGCAUCCUCAGAUUAUUGACCAAAGAUCCACAUCAGAGACUUGGAGCUGGAGGAGCAUCAGAGGUGAAGCAGCAUAUCUUCUUCAAAGAUAUCAACUGGGACACGUUGGCCAGGCAGAGGAUAUAUGAUGCACUCUUAUAAUUUAAGGGGUUUGAUUGACCAAACCAUGUGAGCUGUCACUUCUCACAGGCUGCAUUUACAAAAGUUUCCUAUUUUGUAAUUGCUCUUGUGGGAUCGG